AACGCCUUGUCUGGUGUCUGGACUAACUUCCAAAGCAAACGUCAGACAAACAGACAUUCAUAUACAUCUGCGCGCGAUUUCAGCGCUCUGCAGAGAUGUCGCAACUGGAGAAAGCAAAGAAGUAUGUUUGGAAAGACUCAAAUUUGGCGCUGUUUGAUUCAGAUAUUGAAAAUAAGGUCAAAAAAUCGUCUGCUGACUCCGAAAAGGCCUGGGAAAAAGCUGGCAAAAGGCCUGGAAUUCAAAUUUGGAGGAUAGUAAAAUUUAAAGUAACAAACUGGCCUAAAGAUGAGUACGGAAAAUUCUAUAAUGGAGAUUCCUAUAUUAUUUUGAGAACUUACCAGAAGCCGAACACUGAUGAACUGUUGUAUGAUCUACACUUCUGGAUUGGCAAAUAUUCGACACAAGACGAAUAUGGUGCAGCAGCUUACAAAACUGUUGAGCUGGAUACAUAUCUCAAUGAGAAACCUGUCCAACAUCGAGAAGUUCAAGAGCACGAAAGCCAACUUUUCAGGAGUUAUUUCAAGGAAAUCACAUUUUUGAAAGGCGGAGCAGAAACCGGCUUCCGUCACGUUGAACCUACGAAAUAUACACCCAGAUUGUUUCAAUUCCGUCGCGAGAAGAAAUGGGUCAAGUAUUGUCGAUGUUCCAUAUGUUCCUCUUACAGUACAACGUGUUUCAACACACAUAACUACAAGGGAUCAGUGAUCGUAAAAGAAGUGCCUUGUUUUAAGGAGUCACUUGAUUCUAGCGACGUGUUCGUUUUUGACGGUGGAUACGAGAUUUAUCAGUGGAAUGGCAUAAAUUCCAACAAAGACGAACGCUUUAUCGCUUACCAAUACAUGCAAAAUUUAAAGUCCCAAAGAAAUAAUCGUCCAAGAGUAGAGACAUUGGAGGAAGACAGAAUUUCACCGAAAAAUGCAUUUCGUACGAAACUACAAAGCGGUGGAAAACCUAAAAAGAAUAAGGGAAAGGAUACUGUCGACGCUGGAGCACGGGAGAAAAAACUAUACAGGAUCUCCGACAAUAGCGGAAGUCUUCGAACACAGUUGGUUGCGUCUGGUGAUAUUAGCAGAGACAAUCUGAAAUCGGAAGACGCGUUUGUGCUUGAUCAUGGCGAGCACGUGUUUGUGUGGAUUGGGUCACGUGCAAGUGAAGGCGAAAGAAAGAACGCUUUGCCUAUGGCACAUUUAUUUCUUCAACAAUCCGACCAUCCGUUUGUUCCAACAACCGUGAUCAUUGAGGGCAAAGGAGUAAGCAAAGAAUUUGAUGCCAUGUUUCAAUGACAAAAGAAAAUUCUCAGACUAUCAAGACUGCACGAGUCCAAGAGACUAGUGAAAAAAUACAAUGAACUACCUGGACAGAAAUCAUACACAAUGCAAUUUGUGAACUAUCGCGUUCAGAAGAAGGCUAUUGAACGAAGCGCUUUUUUCCAAAAGAUAAUGUAACAACGUUUGCAUAUCUGCCUUAUGUGCUAGCUAACGCAUGCUUUUUUCUAGAAUUUUUUACCUUAUCUUUGGCGAUGUGAUGUCGCUAUCUUCCCAGUUUUUUGCAAGCAACUAAGGAAAAGAAAAUAUGCUUUGUUUUUUAUACAAAUAAACCAAAUGAUUACUAGUGUCAAACUUUGAAA